AUGCCUGCAACAUCCUCCACCCUCCUCGCCCUGGCGGCUCUCACUUCCCUCACCACCGCCCACUUCAACCUCAACUUCCCCGCCGCGCGAGGCUUCGAUGAAGACAAACUCGGCACCUUCCCCUGCGGCGGACAAGACACUGUCUCUACCACACGCACACCAUGGCCCCUCACAGGCGGGCAAAUCGCUUUGGAGAUGGGCCACAUCGACGCGAAUGUUGAAGUCCUCAUCGGAGUCGGUAACGAUCCCGGCUCGUCUUUCGACACUGUUCUCCGUCCAACAUUCAUGGAACAAGGGCUCGGCGCCUUCUGCAUGACGGGCAUGGACAUUCCGAGCAGCCUGGGCAUGAUGAAUGGUAUGAAUGCCACCAUUCAAGUUGUGACCAAUGGAGAUCCUGAUGGUGGAUUGUAUAACUGUGCGGACAUCACGUUCAGUAGUACUGCGAUGAUGGCGGGGAUGGAUAUUUGUAAGAAUGCAACGGGGGUGACGGCGAGUGAGGCGCCGAUGGGCGGGAAUCCGAAUGUCACGAAUUCCAUCUCGACGAAUACGGAGUCGGUGAGUCCAAGUUCGACGUCUGGAGCGCCUGGAGCGUCGGCAUCGUCGGCAGCGAGUGCAGGGGGUGUUGGGAAUGCGUGGGGUGGGGGUUUGAUUGUUGCUGGUGCUGCGGCUUGGGCCGUCGUGUUGUAG